AUGUUUUACGUGAGCAUAUAUAUACUUGUGUUUGUUAUUUAUUCUUCAGCGGAAUCGCUAUUUAGCCUGCUACCAGAAGGAGAUGACAAGAUCCUCGGUGGUACUGAUGCUCCAGACGGAUCCAUCAAAUACCAGGUCUCUUUACAAAACCUGGGUUCCCAUUUUUGCGGUGCCUCCGUUAUAGAUAAGAAGUGGGUUAUCACUGCCGCUCAUUGUACUACUGGCCGUGCUGCAGACUCCUUCAAAGUCGUGGUUGGCAUCAAUUUACUGAACGCUGGAGGUCAGAAAUAUGUUCCGGACAAAGUGAUAAUACACCCUGACUUCGAUAAGAAGCUGGUCACGAACGAUAUAAGCUUGAUUAAAAUAAAUAAAGGCAUUGAAUUUAAUAAAAGGGUACAGCCUAUAGCUCUGCCAACAGAGGAGACGCAAGCUGGUGACACGUUAACUGUUAGUGGCUGGGGUAGGACUGAGAACGGUGGAAUAAUCCCGAACAAAUUACAAGUGGUUAAUGUAACUGCAACUACUUUAUUAGAAUGUCAACUGAAGUAUGCAUUAUUCAAGACACCAGUACGCGAAUCAAAUCUCUGCACAGAGGCACCGCCUCACGAAGGCAGUUGUCAGGGUGACUCUGGUGGUCCAUUGGUAAAUAAAGAGACACUAGCAGGUUUGGUGUCGUGGGGAACUUCCGAAUGUGGUGACAGCAUGAAAAAUCCUGACGUGAACACCAACGUCUUUUACUACAAGGAAUGGAUUAAGGAAACUAUGGAAGAGAACGAGUAA